AGUAAUGCACUUGCUGCAGAGAAGAGAAAAAAAACAACAUUCCAAGAAAUUUUGUUAAUACAUGCCAAUGCAGUUUUAUAUGAGAUGGGAUAGUUCCAUUCAAGAGAAACUGCAUUUUUCCAGGAUUUCUACAGUGAAGAAAACAUCUCAGACCUCACAUCCAGCAAGGGCUACAGCCUUGGCUACGAAGCUACCAACCAGUUACACUCAUUUACAAGAGAAAAACAGGCAGACAAAAGGUGACAGCAGAUAUCAUCAUGGCAUCAGCAAGUCUGCAGUUCUUUGCUUUUAUUCUGGCUUUGUUUGGUGUUUUUGGAGAUAUCACCGCCACCCUGCUACCCAACUGGAAGGUAAAUGCAGAUGUUGGUUCAAAUAUCAUAACAGCUAUAACCCAGAUGCAAGGGCUUUGGAUGGACUGCACAUGGUACAGCACUGGGAUGUUUAGCUGUACCCUGAAAUACUCCGUUCUCUCUCUCCCCGUCUACAUCCAGGCUGCACGGACCACCAUGGUACUGUCUUGUAUCCUAUCAGCCUUUGGGAUCUGCAUCACUACAGUUGGAAUGAAAUGCACAAAGUUGGGAGGGGACCCUGACAGCAAGAGUCAUGCUUGUUUUGCUGGAGGAGUCUGCUUCAUUCUUGCAGGAAUCUUUGGAUUAGUACCAACAUCCUGGUACACGAGGGAAAUUAUUUCAAAUUUUCUGGACCAGACCAUUCCAGAGAGCAGUAAACAUGAACCAGGAGGAGCAGUUUAUAUAGGAUUCAUUUCAGCAGCGUUUCUGCUUAUUGCAGGUGUAAUCUUCUGCACUUCCUGUUUUAAAAAGCAGCAAGGAGCAUGGAUUUACGGUCCAAAGCAGCACCAUUUUCCAUCCACGGAGCAGGAAAGCAACGCAGGUUACAACCUGAAGGACUAUGUAUAAAAAUACAGUUACUUCUAUCUGUUGAAGCUUUUUUUGUGCUAAGUGUAGUUUGAUUAUUUCAAAGAAUGUAUAACAUAGCACUUUUCUUGCAUCUGGGUUGCAGUUAUGUUUAAGCAAGGUAUUUCAUUUAUAGCAGCAUCCACAAAAAGAAUGAAGCAGGAAACAAUGCUUAAGUCUGCUACUAAAGUACUUUUUUGUGUUGAUUUUUCAAACCAUUCUUUUUGACUUUCCCAGUAACAUUUAUUGAAGAAAAAGGAACUAUUUUAAAACAUAACUGACAGAAUAAUUAAUGUACUGAUGGCUUGUUACAGCAAAGAUGCUUAAAAACUAACUGCUUUCUAUUUAGCAAAUCAGGCUAUCAAUAACAUAUAAUGUUUUAUAGUGUAUUUUACAUUUUUAUCUUUAUUUUAGUCAUGAUGCAGGGGAAAAAACCCAACCACUCUUUGUCCAAGAAGCCCAAUUCAAUGGUUUUUAAAUAGCAGACACAUCUGCCUUUUAUUUUCUAAAUUGCCUUGGUAACUAGAUUUCUUAAAAAAAAACAACAAAAAAACAAAAAAACAAAAAAAACACCCACAACAAAAACCACACACACAAACACCAAAACAAAGCAAAAAACCACAACAAAAACUCCCAGUCCCAAACCUUAGCUGCAUUGUAUAUUCUGCAUAUCAGGCUGAAGAAUCAGCAGUACCAUUCAGAUCUUGCCAAAAAUGGCUCUCCCGCCCCAAACUGCCACCUGCUGUGGGUUUCAUUUAUUAUUGUUAAAGAAAUGUCUACUCCGCAUUCACCAAUUGCUGCUAAUCUAUCAUUACACAAUGAAUGUGAUAUUUGAUGAGCGAUACAACAGAAAUGUAACCAUGACUAUGAAAACACCUGCAAACUGUAACACACAGGAUACAAAGUAAAUUAUCUGUGUUCCAGAAAAACCUGGAAGCCUUCUGGCUUACACUUCUUCAAAGUAGCUUUUAACAGCUCAAAUCACACAGCUACCAUUUAUUGUCUUCUACAUUUCUGGCCUUCUAAAAGAACUUUGUAAGUCCUUGUAAUUAUUCCUGUCGGGUCUGUUUCAGGCCCGCUCCCAUGUAUUCUAUUACCGUAAAACGUAAUAUACAAUGGUGAUGAAGAGACAGCUUCUUCGUCUAAAUUUAUUUUCUUAACUCCCUUAUUUUGAUUAAUAAUCUUAGAUCCUUUAACCUUUUCUUUCACCACACAGAUUUUGUUUUGUAUUGGUCAUUGGCAGAGUAUGUUCUAUCUAAACACUUCCCUAAAUGAGAAUCAAAUUGAUGGUAAUUUGCUAGCAUGGGUAAGGGAAUGAGAAGGAGUAUGAUACAGGCCUUUAAAUUUAGGAAUACAAUAAUGCUGGAUGAGUCUUUCAACAAAACCAACUGCUAUUUAUUUUGCAUAUUUAUAUACAACUUUAAUUUCCCAUAUUAUUAACCUGAAAUUUACUAAAACAGUAUGAAGGGGCCUUAACAUUAUACCUACAGUUUGUUGGAAAAAGUAAGAUCUUCUGUUACAGCAUUUGAGAAAAUGGAAUGUUUUAUGCAUCUAAUACGUAAAGAGUCUUUAUUCGAAUAUACAUAGAAUGGAAUUACAUCUUGCUUGUAUUACCACUGUUAUGUAGCCAUUUUGAGUUUCCUAUGUAUUCAUUAAGAAGCUUGUUUUGUACAAUUCCUAAUGCUAGUAUCAGCAGUUAUUUGGUAUUGGAAAGACUGAACUAUGACCAAAAAGCCAAGUUUUCUUUGCUUAGACACAACGCUGUGCAGCACCAUUCCAUUCCAUAAACCAGUAGUCUUUUAUAUCUCAACAUUCCUCGUAUUGUUGAAAUAAUAUUCAUUCAUUGGGAAAAUGAAGUAAACAACUCAUUCCCAAAAACAUGCAUCUCCACCUUUAGUAAGUGGUUUGACAUGACACUAAGCUGUGAUCAUUGCUAUGUAUGUGAAUUAAAACUAACAUUUGUAAAGUAAGAACCAAAGGCAUUUUCACAGGAGGGCAUAAGAAAAAGGUAAUAACUGCAUAUCAUGAGCAAAAUGAGGUAUUCAUCGGUUACAUAAGCAGCAAAUUUUUCUUCCUAUAACUUUAUACAGAAGUACCUGAAUUUCCUUGUAUGCCUAUGAAACCAAAAUGAAGCACGCACUUAGCCACCUCAUUCACAAUAUGCUGCAAGAGCUUUCCAAGAAAACAAAGAUUCUGUCAGAAACAGUAAUAUCUAAAACCAUGUCAGUCUAUGGCUAAAAGAACAAGGACAAAACAGAAGAUCAAUCUACAACAGGAGUUUGAAGGAAACAAAAUAUAGUGAGAACAGGUCUGUCUGAAAAAUUUGUACUUUCUGCUUUUGCUAUAUAAGCAAUACUUGUUUUAACUCAAAGAAAUAUAUUAAAUAAAAAUAUGCUUGCCUUUAGUGGGACUGCCUUUUUUAUUCAAGAGAGCACCAACAGACUGUAGGAUUUGCUUAUACUAAGACAUUUGUCACAACUCUGAGCUACCCCUCUCAGUCAACUAUG